UUUUAUUCCUCUCUCUACAUCGAUACAAUCAAAGUUCCUGCUUCUAUAUAAACAAAUACUACUAAUAAAACUCUCUUCAUCUCUCUGUUUAGUUGAGCUGGGGAGAUCUAAAUUUCAAGACUGACCCAAAUUUCACUUUUUGGAUCUUGGAUUUAGACGUCUCAGUCAAGGGAUCUUCUCCAAAAAUCUCACUUUUUGGAAUUGGAAUCUUUGAAGGGAUUUUAAGAUACUUUAUGAGUAUGGGUGUGGAGAGUUUGGAAACUGAGUUGCCCCAUGUCCCUGUGGAGACAAAACUGGAAGGAGACAUCUUGUUGCAGAAGGAAAAUGGAAUACUGAAUCAAGACUCAGGUAUAACAUUUGGUUCACAUGGAACAGAAGAGCCAGUUAAAAAAGAGGCGAGUAAUUUGCCAGAAAAUACCAUUCCCAAGGAUGCAGUUGAUGAGUGGCCUGAACCUAAGCAGAUCCACACCUUCUAUAUGGUCAAAUAUCGGUUAUAUGACGACCAGAAAACCAAAUUCAAGUUGGACCAGGCUGAUAAAGAGCUUAGAAAGUUCAACCAAGCUCAAAAUCAGAUCAUGGAAAAAAUAAGGGCAAAAAAAGCAGAUCGAGCUCAAGUGAAUUCUCAAUUGAAGACUUUUAUUGAUGAAAGUAAGCAGUAUAGACAAAUCAUAGAUGAGAAGAGGAAAGAAAUAGAGCCUUUGCAUCAGGCUUUAGGCAAAUUGCGCAAUUCAAACACAGGGGGUAGAGAGAAGACCUUUUUAUGCUCUUCUCAGGAAGAGCUAAAUGAAGUUAUCAAGAGCUUAGAAAACCGCAUACAACAUGAGAGCAUUCCCCUGUCUGAAGAGAAGCAAAUAAUUAGAGAAAUCAAACAAUUAGAAGCAACACGGGAGAAAGUUAUUGCCAAUGCUGUUGUGAGGGCUAAGAUUGAGGAUUCACUGGGAGAGAAGGAAGCCAUUCAAGACCAGGUUAAGCUGAUAGGUUCUGGUCUGGAUGGAGUUUGGAAAGAGAAGAAAGUAGUUCAGGCUAAGGUUGAUCAGCUUGAUAAAGAGAAGAAGGCCAUAAAUCUAGUGAUUGAUUCUUUAGAGGAAGAAUCGAAGGCUAUUUCAGUGGAUAGACAGAAGGUUUAUGACAGGAUUCGGGAACUAAGGAAACAGCUUGAUCAAGGGAAUGCUCCCUAUUAUCAAAAUCGUACUACCUUGAUAAAGGCCAGAGAGCUUGCGGCCAGAAAAGACGUUGAAGGUCUUCGCAAUUUUGCUAGUACAGAGGUGGAUACAUUUAUGUCCUUGUGGAGUAGUACCAAGGCGUUUAGGGAUGAUUAUGAGAUGAGAAUUUUGCCUAGUCUUGACAUGCGACAACUGAGCAGGGACGGACGAAUGAGAAACCCCGGUGAGAAGCCAUUAGUGGUAAAAGAGUCACCACCUCCUGCUCAAACUGAGAUAGUAGCAAAACCACAACCCAAACAGGUGAAGGAAGAUUCCACCAAUAUCAACCAGAAAGAGAAAAGUACGAAGCAACCAAAGGAACCUACUAAGGAAGUACCAAUUCCUGAAAGUACCGUAGAGGUCAGUGCUGUGAAAGAUGGUGAGUUCGAAAAGGCAGAAAAAGAUCCUCUUCCGGUGAAAAAAAAAGUUGACGAGGCAAAGCUGAAGGAGUUAAAGAGAGAGGAAGAGAUAGCCAAGGCUAAGCAGGCCCAGGAAAGAAAGAAGAAAUUGGCAGAGAAAGCGGCAGCGAAAGCAGCUAUAAAAGCUCAGAAGGAAGCUGAAAAGAAACUACAGGAUCGCGAGAAAAAAGCAAAGAAAAAAGCCACUGCAUCUGGAUCUGUGGCAACUGAGGAACCAACUGAAACAACAGCUGAUAUCGUCUCUGAAACAGGAACAGCAGAAGAGGUUGUUCAGGCAGCAGCUGCACCGAAGACCAAGGAAAGAAAAGAGAAAACUACAGUGCGGUCGAGGGGCAAAGUCAAGGGCCCAGAUCCACUCCCUAAGAUCAUACUCAAAAGGAAGAAAGCAACAAACUACUGGACUUGGGCAGCAGCUCUAGCGGCCAUCUUAGCAGUGUUGCUUGCAGUGCUCGGAUACUAUUAUAUGAUGUGAAGACAUAUGAUGUGAAGACCCGUAAUGCAAGUCAGCAGGUACAAAUCGACGAUGGGCCAAAUUUUGUGUUUGGCAAAUGAUGUCAGUGGCCGAGUAAAGUUACAUGAAAGUACUUUUUUCUCUUUAUAUUUCCGUACACUUUUUGGCAGGAAGAUGGACAUGAAACUUCUGUAUUUGGUUUUUGUUUCAUUCUAGAGAUCAGGCAGUUGGAAAAAUUUAGCUGAGGCAGAGUACUUGUUUUUCAAUUUGAAGUUUUGGUUUUUGAAUCAUUACUUGUUUUGUAAUUUGAUAAUGCUGUGCAUUGAUGAGUAGACUUGCAUCAACAUUAAUUUUAUUUAUUCAGUCAAUACCUUCACA